CUCCAAACCCGCCACCCGACAACGAUCGAGCACAAUGCUGUCCACGAGAACGGCGCCCAAGAAGGUCGUCGGCCUCUCACGGACCGCCGUGAGGGGUCUGGCUACUGUCCAGGAUGGUGCCCCGAAGCGAACAUACGGAGGUCUACGAGACCAAGAUCGCAUUUUCCAGAACCUCUACAACCGAUACCCCGUCGACCUCAAGAGCGCCAGGAAGAUGGGCGACUGGCACAAGACCAAGGAGAUCAUCCUCAAGGGUCACGAUUGGAUCAUCAGCGAGGUCAAGGCCUCAGGUCUCCGAGGACGAGGUGGUGCUGGUUUCCCCUCGGGUCUUAAGUGGUCGUUCAUGAACUUCAAGGAUUGGGAUAAGGACAACAAGCCCCGUUACCUCGUCAUCAACGCCGAUGAGGGUGAGCCCGGAACCUGCAAGGACCGUGAGAUCAUGCGAAAGGACCCACACAAGCUCAUCGAAGGAUGUCUUAUCUCUGGCCGAGCCAUGAACGCGACUGCUGCCUACAUCUAUAUCCGUGGUGAAUUCGUCGAGGAGGCUGCUGUCCUCCAGCGAGCCAUCAACGAGGCCUACGCCGCUGGUCUGAUCGGAAAGAACGCCUGUGAAUCCGGAUACGACUUCGACGUUUACCUGCACCGAGGUGCCGGAGCCUACGUCUGCGGUGAGGAGACUUCUCUUAUUGAGUCCCUCGAGGGCAAGCCCGGAAAGCCUCGUCUUAAGCCUCCGUUCCCCGCUGCCGUCGGUCUUUUCGGAUGCCCUUCAACUGUCACCAACGUCGAGACUGUUGCCGUUGCCCCUACUAUCUGCCGACGAGGAGGAAGCUGGUUCGCUGGUUUCGGCCGUGAGCGAAACCAGGGCACCAAGCUCUUCUGUAUCUCUGGCCACGUCAACAACCCUUGUACCGUUGAGGAGGAGAUGUCAAUUCCCAUGCGUGAGCUGAUCGACAAGCACUGUGGUGGUGUUCGAGGUGGAUGGGACAACCUUUUGGCUGUCAUCCCCGGUGGUUCUUCCACCCCCGUUCUCCCCAAGAGCGUCUGUGACGACCAGCUGAUGGACUUUGAUGCCCUCAAGGACAGCCAGUCUGGUCUCGGUACGGCCGCUGUUAUCGUUAUGGAUAAGAGCACCGAUAUUGUCCGAGCUAUCAGCCGUCUCAGCCACUUCUACCGCCACGAGAGUUGCGGCCAGUGCACACCUUGCCGAGAGGGUAGCAAGUGGACGGAGCAGAUGAUGAAGCGAUUUGAGAAGGGUCAGGCCCGUGAGCGUGAGAUUGACAUGCUUCAGGAGCUCACCAAGCAGGUUGAGGGCCACACUAUUUGCGCUCUGGGUGAGGCUUUCGCCUGGCCUAUUCAGGGUCUUAUCCGACAUUUCCGACCUGAGCUUGAGGCUCGUAUGCAAAAGUUCGCUCAGGAGAACGGUGGUGAGGCCCUUGCUGGCGGAUGGAACCACAAUGCCAAGUCUCAAGGCAAGCUCGUGUCUCCUGGUCAAUAAUUGGUGACUUGGGUAGCAAAUGGUCAUAUAUGGAGAAGGGAUGAAGAUUGAUGUGUAUCGCAUCGUUACUUGUGCAUAACUACGACUAUUAGGUAGAUGCCCUGUGUUAUAUUUACUUAUUGUUCAAUGGGAGUCCGAGUUGGUUAAGUAAACUCUUUGAGUCUG